AUGGCCUUGCGAGCAGACACUCCCCAGGAGCUCAUCACCAUAGACCGCGACUACCGCUCCCGCGUCCUCCUCCGCCGCUCCCUCCUCGCCCAGCACCCCUCCACCGUGCACGGCUGCACCGCCCCCGGCGCUGCCGCUGUCCGCGAGCUCUACACCCACCUUCUAACCAACCACCUCCCCGCGCGCUACCCGACCAUUUUCCAGCUCGUCGGCUCCGGCUCGCUCCUGCACAACGCCGCCACAGGCGCGACUCAUCCGACCACACCGCCAGACGACGACAGCGGCGGCGCCGAGGCGGCACUGCGGGUGCUCGGGGAGACGGUGGAGGAGGACCUGUUCUUGCUGCGGGAGACGCCGCGCGGCCACGAAUCGACAGCGUUUGUGUGCUGCUUCCCGGCCGGCUUUGAUCCGAGCGAGAAGCUGGGGCGGCUGCUGAGCGAGAUUCACGCGCCGGUGCCAGGGUACGACAAGAUUGGGGCGAGCAUGGAGAGGUUCUUUGGGAAGCUCGAGGUGGGCAAGAGCGUGAAGCGCAUGAAUUGGACUGUCCAGACGCACGACCAGCUCUUCAACUGCAGGGCCAACCACGACCUCGCCGGCCAGGACUCGUCCACCCCCGACCAAGACGUCGACAUUUCCCAAACCUUUGUCCGCAUCGAGCUGCAGACCCUCACCCGUCUCCCGCAGACCCGCGCCAUCCUCUUCUCCUUCAAGACGUACAUGUACCCCGUGCAGCAGAUCAAGAGCGAGGGCGGCGGACCGGCCUUUGCCGACGCCGUCGAGGGCCUGGCCACCGGCAACGCACCGGGCAUGCGCACCUACAAGGGAAGCGUGCGCUGGGGCAAGGCCGUGUGCGAGUACCUGCGGUCUUAG